AGUGGAAAUAAUUUUGUAGCAAACGAAGAAGAUUGUUACAAGGAUCACAAAUGUAGCUUUGGGACGUCGGUUUGUUGACUGCUGGAGUAUGUCAGCCAUGGAAGUGCACCGUGUGAGGUUCCUCCAGCACAACCCAUCGGCUAUCCAAUGCCUGGCGUUUCAAGACGGAUCGUCCCCUGCACGACUCGCUCUUAGCAGGGAGAAUGGGAAUGUGGAAAUCUGGCAGAACGACCAGGCAUGGGCUCAAACAAUGGUCCUUCAUGCGAGCAAGGAAGAAUGUGCCGAGAGCAUACUGUGGUAUGGUGAUCGCCUCCUGUCAGCGGGGCUUUCUGGUGCCUUAGUGGAAUGGAGCUUGGCACGGCAGUGUCCUGAGUCGCAAGUGAAUUUGAGUGGUGGAGCUGUAUGGGACAUGGCCAUUCGCCCACAUCAUGAGGAAAUGGCUGUUGCCUGUGAAGAUGGCUGUGUUCGCAUGUUUGUCAUUGAGCCAGACACAGUGGUGUACAAGAAGGCGUACAGCAACCAAGGCGGGGGACGGUGUCUGUCUGUUGCAUUCCACCCUGAGGGCAAUCACAUGAUCUCCGGUGGAUCAGACAGCAUCAUCAGAGUGUGGAACUUGAUAACUGGUGUUGCCGUUCAAAGGAUAACACUUGACCAGCCACGUCAACAGGCCGUUCUCAUCUGGACACUUGCGUUUCUCCAGGAUAUGACCAUUGUCAGUGGCGAUUCCAGUGGGGUCGUUCAGUUCUGGAGUGGUCUUCAUGGCAAUAUGAUUCAGAGUUUCUCCCUGCACAAGGCGGAUAUACUGAGCAUAGUGACCAACAAGAAACAAGACACCGUGUAUGCUGCUGGAGUGGAUAGCAAAGUGCACAAGCUGCACUGUCUCGACACUGAGGGUGCAAAGAAGUGGAUCAAUGCUGGUUCUGUGAGACUGCAUUCCCAUGACGUCCGGAGUUUGGCUUUGCGCGACGAAGAAGGAUCAGGUGCAUUGGCCUCAGGUGGAUUGGAUACUCAACUCUGUGUGUAUGCCACAAACAACUUCUCAAUCAAGAAUUCCCGUUUGUUCUCCUCUUAUCCUCGAACAAGCCCCGUCUCGAUUUGCCGUGAGGAGCCUCUUGUUGCAUGUCAAUUCGACAGCCACGUAGACAUGUGGAGCCUGGGUACAGCGAGAGGAGGCACUGAUCUUGACAGUGCUGCUGAUGGUACUGUAUUGGCCACCCUAAAGCAACCAGCCCACCUGCUCCGGAUCAAAGCAAAGGGCCGACAUCACAUAGCAUGCAGUGCUGUCUCACCGUGCGGGAAGUGGAUGGCCAUUUCAGACCGCUCCGGAACGCGAGUCUUUGCCGUUGCUUCAAAGAAGCCGUCCGGUAGCGACAGCAAGCAAAGCAUGUCCGUUUCGUCAGCAUCACAGUCACUCGAUACAGCCCAGAGACUGGCGUUUACACCGGACUCCAGUAGAUUAUUGCUGGCUAGCAAUUACGGCCUACAGGUGGCAACCGUAGAGUGCGGCGACGUUAGCGAAUGCCGAGAUGUCUAUCAGACCGCGAGAAGUAGCUGUGCCUGCGUAGGCCUCAAAGUCUCAACAUCUGGACGGUAUGCAGCCAUAGCAUUCGCGGACAACCACAUUGAUGUCAUCGAUCUGAAAAAGGAGAAGGUAAAGUUAUCGUCACCUCGCCUGCCAAGCCAGUGUUCAGCCAUGAUGUUCCCAUCUUCCUCAUCAUCAUCUCUUCUUAUUUAUACAUUAGCGUACCAGGUGUAUCUGUUCAAUUUCACCGAUGGCAGUCUGGACGAUCUCUCACCGCACCUGCGGACGAUUAGUACAGCUCGACGCAGUCUUGGUCCCGUCAUGGACUGCAUGGAGCUUAACGACAAACGUGUCAUGUUCUAUUCCAAUGCGUUCAUGGCGACGCUGGACCUGGACAAGGCCCCGGAAAAGGCCGUGGACACGAAGGUCCGGCCACGGAAGCGCAAGUCCACUGCUGACUUGCCCGAGGCUGCAUGUGAGGCCAUGGACACAGAAGAGAAGGCAGGUUCACCUGCCAAGUCGCUCUCAAUCUCUACUCACUUUGCUGACAUACUGGCGAUUGGAUGCUGCGGCCAGUCACGACUAGCAGUUGUAGAGCGCCCAUGGAAGGAGGUAACCCAGACCUUCCCCGAUGCUCUGCAUAGAGUUCGCUAUGGUGCAGCUUGAUAGGGACGGUCCCUUGUGCCUUCCUCAGCAUUACCAUAUUGUUGAUCAUGAUGAAGAGGACUGACUGCCACGAAGCACACUAGUAGGCGAUUUUUAUUUUAUUUUAGAAAGCCCUCGAAUGUGAGGUGCAUCAUUGGCACUUACCAGAAGAACAAAUAAAAGCUGUCUUGGGUCUGA